ACAGUGAUGGACGCGAGAAGCAGAGCGGCUGCUGCCUUACUGUUAGAUUUCCUUGAACGAUCCGAGAACGACGAGGAGUUUGAAGGAGAAUUUGAUCAGGAAUUGAGCGACGAUUUCGAUGAUCGUAGCAGCGACGAAGAAGAACAAACUCGGCCGACGUUGGGAGGCUAUGAAUACGAAUUUGUUGAUAACGUUUCGGACAAUCAAAUAUGUCCGGUGUGCCUUUUACCUAUGAGAGAUGCGGUCCAAACUAAAGAGUGCGGCCAUCGAUUCUGUAAAGAUUGCUUGCACGGAAUUCUGAGAAGUGACCACCCAGUUUGUCCGAAUGACAGGCAGAAUAUCAAGCGAAAAGGCGGGUUCUUUUCUGACAAAGCCUGGGCUAGGGAUAUCUUAUGUCUUCGUGUAAAGUGCAAACAGAGCGCCACAGGAUGUGACUGGAUUGGUCAACUGCGACAUGUGGAGGAACACCAAAAGAACUGUCUCUAUGAACAAGAGCAGUGCCGCGAUUGUGAAGCAAAUAUACAAAGAAGACACCUCGACAAUCAUUACAAGGAGGAAUGUCCAAAGAGAAUAGUAGAGUGUGUUCACUGUCAUAAAACGUUCCGUUUCUUCAAAAAAGCCUUACACGAGAGCAGUUUGUGCAGCCGAUACCCUCUCCGCUGCACUAACAACUGUGGAGCCUUGCAAAUACCACGAGAAGAGCUGAAAAGGCACAUUUCCGAUCAAUGCCCGUUGACUGAGGUGACCUGCCCCUAUGCCAAGGCCGGAUGCCCUUAUAAGGAUAAGAGAGUUCACCUUAGCAGACAUAUGGAGACCAGCGUGGAUAAUCACUUGUGGCUGACAUGGUAUUCCCUCGUGGAAACAAAACAAGAGCUCGGCAAUCUGAAAGAUCUGCGACAGAAAUAUAUCAAGGUUCAGCUUGUCAACGAGAGACUGACGCAGUCCUCGGCUGAAUUCGUUGAAGAGAUUCGCGAUUUGUCGGCAGCUGUUAAACGAUUGGAGGCACAAAACGCCAAACAAGUGAAGCAGAUCGAAGACUUGACUAGGAAACUUGAAAAAGUUCAAAAGCCUGGCAAAGCUCACUCGUCAAGGAAAAGCACGCUUAAUAAUUCUUACUGAAAAAGUGUUGUUAAAAAAAAAAA